AAAAGCAAUUUGAACAAUUUUUAAUGAACUCCAAUCGAUGCUUAAUUUAAGGCUAAUUAAACAACCGCAUACUAUACACCCAAGAGAAAAUGUAGAUCUCAUAAAGUCGUUAUCGUAGUAUAUUUUAUACAAUCCCAUGUAUCUUAAUCUCUCCACUACUUUGUAUUAAUUACAAGAAGCUAGAACAACUUCCGUCUUCUACUCUUACAAACGAAAUAAUUAUACAAAAUGGAUAACAAUCAUUUCGCGAAUCAUGCUACUAAACUGAUACUAGCAUUACCAUUAGCCAUUCUACUGAUUGGUGUGUCGUCUAAGGCACUUCCAAGGCAAUUAUUUGCAACAACUCGACAUGAUCAAACUCUAAACUCGUCUUCUUCUCCGUGUAACUUUCCGGCUGUAUUCAAUUUCGGCGACUCAAACUCCGAUACUGGUGGUUGGUCUGCCACAUUUGGGCAGGCCGAACCUCCUCAUGGUGAGACUUUCUUCCAUGCUCCUGCUGGGAGGUACUCUGAUGGACGUCUCUUAAUUGACUUUAUAGCGGAAGGUGUAGGAAUCCCUUACCUAAACGCGUACCUGGAUUCAAUGGGAUCUAACUUUAGCCAUGGAGCCAACUUUGCUACGGCAGCGGCCACCAUUAGACCUCAGAAUAGCACUUCUUUGAGCCCAUUCUCGUUGAAUGUCCAAGUUUAUCAAUUUCAUGAUUUCCGACAGCGGUUGCCGAUUAUCCGUAAUAGAGGAGAUGUUUUCAAGAGCUUAAUGCCGAAGGCAGAGUACUUCUCUGAAGCUCUUUACACAUUCGACAUUGGCCAAAAUGAUUUGACGUCAGUCUACUUUCCUGAUAUGUCAAUCGAUCGAGUUAAAGAAAAAAUCCCUGACAUUUUGUAUCAAUUCAAAGCAUAUAUCAAGGAGGUAUAUAUCCGAGAAGGUAGGUACUUUUGGAUACAUAAUACGGGUCCACUUGGAUGUCUAACGUAUAUGCUAAAUGGUCAAACACUGAAUGCCACUGAAAUGGACCAAACUGGAUGUGCUAUUUCAUUAAACGAAGUGGCCCAAGAAUUUAACUCUGGGCUUAAGAAAAUUGUGGCCCAACUCAGAGAAGAAAUGCCAUUAGCAGCCAUCACGUAUGUGGACAUCUACUCCAUCAAGUAUGACCUCAUUAGCCAUGCUAAAAAAUUUGGUUUCGAAAAUCCAUUUUUGGCUUGUUGUGGACAUGGAGGAAAGAAUAACUAUGACAUGCAAAAACGUUGUGGAGCAAAGAUUUUGGAAAAUGGUAAAGAAGUUUUGGUUGGAUCUUGCAAAGAUCCCUUGGUGAGGAUUAGUUGGGAUGGAGCUCAUUACACAGAGGCGGCCAACAAAUGGGUUUUCGACCGUAUGGUUAAUGGAUCAUAUUCGGAUCCUCCUAUUUCAUUGAAAAUGGCAUGUUACAAGCAGUAGUGAUGUGUUAAU